UGACAAUCAAGCCAAAUGAAAUAAAGCAAAAAAAUGUUGACAGAUAGAGAGGACGUAAUCCACUUAUUAAAAGUUUUGAUCCGUCUCUUGCGUCCAAAAUAAACACAAACAAUCCUACAAGUGUUAAAAAGUACUUGGUGAUAUCAAACGCCGAAAACAAAAAAGAAAAAAAAAAAACUUUUUAUCAAACAGCUGGGCCUCCAUUUUCCUCUUCCUCUGUUUUUUCUGCAUGCUGUAUAUAUAACCCCCAGCAGGAAAGAAUCGGCUUGCUCCGGCAUCGGCUCCGUGUUUGGUGACCAUCGUUACCAUUCAGAAUAAUAACAAUUCAGUUAAACGAAAAUAGUUCUGUUUUAUUUCAUAAUGGCGGCGGCUGCAGUGGCUAAUGGGACAAAGAAAAUAGAACAAACAGGACGGUCUAAAAGUGGGGUUAUUAGUGGUCCGAGUAAUCCAAUGGUGACACCUCUUUUAACAGAUCUUUAUCAAUUUACCAUGGCUUAUGCUUAUUGGAAAGCUGGAAAACAAAAUGAACGUGCUGUGUUUGACUUGUAUUUCCGGAAGAAUCCGUUUGGUGGUGAAUAUACAAUAUUUGCUGGAUUAGAAGAAUGCAUAAAGUUUAUUGCUCAUUACAAAUUAACUGACGAUGAGAUAACUUUUAUCAGAUCAUCAUUACCCCCUUCUUGUGAGGAUGCCUUCUAUAACUACCUUAGAGGAAUUAACUGUUCAGAUAUUGAGAUAUAUUCAAUACCUGAAGGAUCAGUUGUGUUUCCCAAAGUACCACUGAUGAGGAUUGAAGGGCCAAUUGCUGUAGUUCAACUACUGGAAACUGCAUUUGUCAAUCUCAUAAACUAUGCAUCGCUAGUAACUACUAAUGCCGCAAGACAUCGUUUUGUUGUGGGAAAGUCCAAAUUGCUGUUGGAAUUUGGGCUUCGAAGAGCACAGGGUCCGGAUGGUGGUAUUUCUGCUUCUAGAUAUUGCUACAUGGGAGGAUUUGAUGCAACAAGCAAUGUGGCAGCUGGAAAUUUAUUUGGGAUCCCGCUUCGAGGAACACAUUCCCAUGCCUUCGUUAGUUCAUUUAUGAGCCCAGAUGAGAUCAAAGAAAAAUCACUUAAACACCAUGGUGGUUCUAGUGUUUGUAAGGAUUUUGUUAGUCUGGUGAAGACGUGGCUUGGUAAAUUAAAGCGGUCACGCUUAUUAGGUGGAAUUUUCAAUGAGACGAACCAAAGUGAGUUAGCAGCUUUUACCUCAUAUGGGCUUGCCUUUCCUGGAAGUUUUUUGGCCCUUGUGGACACUUAUGAUGUCAUGAGAAGUGGUGUUCCAAAUUUUUGUGCAGUUGCUCUUGCUCUUAAUGACCUGGGGUAUAGCGUAUUUGGCAUUAGAUUAGAUUCUGGUGAUCUUGCUUAUCAGUCAUGCGAAGCCCGGAAAUUCUUUCAAACUAUUGAAAAAGAGUUUGGAGUGCCUGGUUUUGGAAAGAUGAACAUCACAGCUAGCAAUGACCUUAAUGAGGAAACAUUGGAUGCACUAAAGAAACAGGGCCAUGACGUUGAUUCUUUUGGUAUUGGAACACAUUUGGUUACCUGUUACGCACAGCCCGCACUUGGUGUUGUUUUCAAGUUGGUUGAGAUCAAUAAUCAACCUAGGAUCAAACUUUCUGAAGAAGUUACAAAGGUCUCUAUUCCAUGUAAAAAACGGUGCUUCAGAUUGUAUGGAAAGGAAGGUUACCCCCUUGUCGACAUAAUGACUGGUGAAAAUGAGCGUCCUCCUAAGGUAGGUGAACGGAUUUUGUGCCGUCAUCCAUUUAUUGAAUCUAAACGGGCAUAUGUUGUGCCCCAGCGUAUUGAGGAGCUUUUAAAGUGUUUUUGGCCUGGAAGUUCAGAUAAAACACGGGAAGAUCUGCCUCCACUGAAGGAGAUCAGGAAACGGUGUAUUGAACAACUGGAGCAAAUGCGGCCAGAUCACAUGAGAAGACUAAAUCCAACACCAUACAAGGUUAGCGUGAGUGGAAAGUUGUAUGAUUUCAUCCAUUUCCUCUGGCUCAACGAAGCGCCUGUUGGGGAGUUACAGUGAUCAAUCAAAUGAAGGAACAGAAUUUUUGGAAGAUUUUUUUUUGGUGGAGCAUAGUGGGUUCGAAAAGGAUUUUCUAAUAACCUGUACAUCUUUUUCCUUUAUUUUUUUCUGGGCAGUGUAGUGCAUAAAAUACCUUGGAUGUUUAUGAAGAGAAUAAAAGUUUUUCCCCUUUGUUUUCA